UGACCAUAAAUAACUUUCUCCAUUUUUAUCGCUAAGCCAGCCAAUAAAAACAGAAAGUCACUUUCCCUGCCAAAAAAAACACGUUCACUUGCAUCGUUCUAUUUGUACUGCAUGCAUUCAAACCCUAACCCUAACAUAUUACAGGAGAUUUCUGCUUCUUAUUUUCAUAUUAAAUUGACAAUAUAGAAUCUUUCUAUGAAAAAAAUUGAAAAGAGAAUGACAAUGAUUUUGGAGUAACCUAGGGUUUUAUUUCUUUUAUUUCUUUUGUAUAUUACUAUAAGGUGAUAAGUUAAUUAAAAGGCUAGGGCUAAAUUUUGUUGGCGAAAAAUUGCAGACAGAUAUAAAAGAAUUCCAGAAAUGUCUAUGACGUGCCCUUCCCUUACUUGUGUAUCUUUUGCAUACGAAAGGCUGCCUCUAGAACAUUUCAGGCUCUCCAUCAUCAAAUUGAAUGGCUCAUUUUUUGAGGUGGAAGUUUCGAUGAUGGCGACUGUAGGAGAACUUAAGCAAGCAGUUGAGAACGUGUUUAACAGUUCACCAGACGAUGACAUGCAUAUCAACAUUUCAUGGUGGCAUGUGUGGAGUCAAUUUUGCUUAUGUUAUAAAGGUCUAAAGCUAGUUAAUGACAAGGCUUAUAUUCAAUCUUAUGGUAUCGAUGACGGUGAUCAGCUUUACUUUGCCAGGCAUUUAGCAACAAAUGACAGUACUAGUUCAGCGAUGCAUAUGACCGGUAAUUUGGAGUUUCAAAGUGAACGGUAAAAAGCCUCAAAGGUGUUUGUAAUUAGUGAUUAGAAAAAACAGAUUGAAGAAACUUUAUCACAAGUCUUUUAAGUUGCUGAUAUUCUGUUGUGUUGUUAAAGUUAAAUGAAUUUUGCAAUUUGUGUGUGUGUGAGCUUAAAAUGAAAGCUGAGUGCUCCUUGUAAUUUUGACUGAGCUUGAAGAAUGCCACAGAAUAUGGAACCGCAGUCAAGACUUUGUUAGCA